AUGACCUUCCACCGCUCCUUCGAGGGGCCCCUGCUGCAGCUGCUGCCGCUGGACACCACUGCAGCAACUCCGGAGUUUAAGUACACUGCAAGGGAGUGGUAUGCGUUGGGGGAGGAGCAGGUGUUGGAGGCGGCAGUUGUGGGGUCGGGAUCGUCUCUGGGAUCGGCGGGAUCGUCUCUGGGAUCGGCGCUGGGAUCGUCUCCCGGGCUCAGCAGCUUCGCCCUCAGCGCCGCGGGGACUCCGCAGCAGCGGGCCUUCGCGCUGCGCAACGUCGCAGUGGACGCGGAGACAGGGGCGCUCACGCUGCGGCUAAGAGACAUCCAGGAGGAGACUGUCUCCUUCCAAGUUGUGGGGACUGGGAUCGUCUCCAGCACCUCCACGAGGGUCUCCUUUCGAGUCGCAUGCAGGGACGGCCACUUCUACAGCGGCGGCAUGUGCAUGCGCUGCCCCGCGGGCUCCUUCAACAACUUGUCUCUUGUCAAGGAGACUCCUCAAGUCCACUUCUCUUCUUGCAGAAAGUGUCCCCUCAAAAAGGGGACAGUUGCUGAGGGCUCCACCAGCCAGGACCAGUGUCUCUGCGCCAAGGGCUACCACAAGGAACAGGGCCAGUCCGAGUGCACCCCCUGCCCCGCAGGCUGGUACAAGGACACUGUGGGGGACACGGGCUGCACGGGGGGCGGCUGCCCAGCGAAUUCCGUCUCGCAUGUCGAAGGCGCUGUCUCCUCCGACGACAGACACUGCUCCUGUUUGCCGGGGUACUACGCCGUGUACGAGGAGGAGGAGCUGCGUUGCGUGGAGGUGGAAAGGGGACACUUUUCGUUGGGGGGUUUUCGCGCUGUCCCCGUGAAGUGUCCCCCUUUCACUUCGACAGCAGCAGCAAGUCUUGCUGCAGACCUGAGCCACUGUCUCUGCGAAGCUGGCUACCAGCCCGCGUCUGCUGCUGCACUUGGAGACCCCAGCAGCGCAGCAAGUUUGCUGCGGCGGUGGCUGCUGCUGCACCCGGCCUACGGGGCCCUCGGAGACAGCCAGGUCUGUGUGGGGUGCGGAAGGAGACACUUUAAGGGAAGGGUCUCCGCGGAGGCCUGCGAGAAGUGUCCCCUCCACUCCUUCGCCAGCAGCUCCGCCCCCACCGCCAGGGCCAGCUGCAGCAACUGUCUCCCCGGCUUCUACCCCACAGCCAGCGAGGACUUGCCCUGUGGGGCCUGCAAGCCCCACCACUUCUGCGUGGGAUCCGAUCCCCAAGGAGACACCCUCAGGCCCUUCGCAGGAGACAAAGUCCCCUGCAGUCCCCACACCCUCACCGUCGAACCCAACCACGAAAACAAGUCCCCUCACAGCUGCAUCGUGUCCGGUGGGGUAUUACUGUUUGGGGGGCCUGGACCCGAAGACGGGGCUGCACCGGAGUCUGUCGAAGUGUCCCCAAGACACGACGACUGUGGGGUCUCUGAGCAGUUCGAGCAGAGACUGUUUGUGCGCGCGGGGCUUCUACCGGCUGGGAUCGGGAUCGGGAUCGGGAUCGGGGGGCGAGAGCAGCAGCUGCAGCAGCUGCAGCGUCAACUCCUACAAGGACUGGAUCGGGAACGAGGCCUGCAAGCCCUGCAGCGAGAACUCGGGGACUGCCAGCACUGGCUCCACUUCUUCGUCUCAGUGUCUCUGUCGCCCCGGCUACUUCUACGACAGUCUCCUUCGCGAGUGCCUCGCCUGCAAGAGUCCCCGCAGGUACUGCCCGGGGGGGGCCGAGGACUGUCUCCCCAAAGGAGACACUUCGCUGCAGCAAGGAGACAGUUUGCUGCAGAAAGGGGACUCUUUGCUGCAGCAAGGAGACAGUUUGCUGCGGAAAGGAGACAGUUUGCUGCAGCAGGGGGACAGUUUGCUGUGGAAGGGAGGGAGUUUGCUGCAGCAGGGGGAGAGUUUGCUGCGGAAAGGAGACAGUUUGCUGCAGCAAGGAGACAGUUUGCUGCUGGAAGGAGACAGUUUGCUGCUGAAAGGAGACAGUGCAGACCCCGAGUGCGUCGCCGGAAGGAGACCCCUGCCCCCCGUGGACUGCCCCAAGUACACCCGCAUCAUCGAGGGCUUCGACACGCCCUCUUCCAUCGACGACUGACACCCAUUUACGUGACAGUUUUAUUUUUUCUCCACACUGCAACUACCAGAAAUAUGCUGAGUCUCCUUGACUGCAGUGUUAUAGACUACGGGGCCCCACACGGGACUAAGUCCCUUUUGCGAGCUGCCAUGAGUGUCCCCUGCAGUCUCCAGCCGCGGAGUGCUUACUUCCGGUACUUCUUGCUGGGGAUCGUGGGGAUCGCCGCGUGGGGGAUCGGGAUCCCCCUUGUCUCCUUUUCAGUUCUUUAUGCAAACAGAAAGAGACUCAACAGCAGGGAGACUCGCCUCAAGUUCGGCUUUCUCCACAACGGCUUCGUCCGCAGGUUUUGGUUCUGGGAGACUGUUGUCUUCGCCAGAAAACUCUGCGUUCUGGUCAUCUCCGCCCUCAGCAGCAGCACUGUCUCCAACUGCAGCAGACUCUGGCCAGCCUCCGUCAUUGCCGUCAUCUUCAACAUUUACCACCUCCGCUCACAGCCCUUCGACAAGAGGUCCAAACUCUGUCUCCUUUUGUCUCCUUCGUCUCUUUUCUGGCGCUUUUCUGGCGCUUUUCUGCCUCUUUUUGUCUCUUUUCUGUCUCUUUUCGUCUUUGUGCUCCUCUGGUUCUUUCUCCGUCUUCUUCUGUCUCCUUUCCACCAUUAUUUACUGUCUCCUUUCCACCGUUAUUUACUGUCUCCUUUCCACCGUUAUUUACUGUCUCCUUUCCACCGUUCUUUUCUGUCCCUAUUCUGCAUUCUAUUCUGUCUCUUUCGACUGUUCUCUUCCGUCUCUUUUCGCUGUUCUCUUCUGUCCCUUUUUCUCCACUACUUUCUGUCUCUUUUGACUAUUCCGUCGCUUUUCCAUUAUUAUUCCCUGUCUCUUUUUCGCUGUUCCAUUUAUUGUGCUUCUUUUUCUCUGUCUCCAUCUCUUUUACUCUAUUCUCCUCUGUCCCUUUUACUCCAUUCUCUUCUGUCUCUUUUUCUCCAUUCUCUUCUGUCUCUUUGGACUGUUCUCUUCUGUCUCUUUUGCAGUGUUCUCUCCUGUCUCUUUUGCACUAUUAUUUUCUGUCUCUUUUUCUCUAUUCUCUUCUGUCCCCUUCUUCCCAACCUCUCUUCUGUCCCCUUCUUUUUAACAUCUCUUCUGUCUCCUCCUUCUUAUUCUUUUUUCUCCAUUAUUUUAUGUCUCCAACUGUCUCCAAUUGUCUCUUAA